GUUGUAUAAAAGCUGGAAUGGUUAACCCCGGGAGGAGAAGUUUGAGUUUAAUUUUCACUCCCACUGAAGAACUCGGCCAUUUUUAUAGCAGGUGCGGUCACUCUAAAAACCAAAACAAACCAGUCCUCCAUUUUACCGUCAAGUAGAACGGGUAAGCUCAAGCUAAAGACAAGUAGACGGAAAUAAUGGUUCUUUCUUCCAAAUUCCUCUCUCUCGCCAUCGUCGUCACGUCAUGUUUGAUCGCAUAUAUUUCAGCAGAUUCGCAAAGCGCUUCUGAAGGCGGCCUCUCACCCGCGCCCCAGCAGCAGCCCCUCCACUCGCUCCUCCCCCCUCGCUCUAGCUACCCCUCAGCGCUGAGCCCGAGGGACGCGCCCGCCAGCAGCGCAAGCGAUGCUGACGACUUUGUGUCUCUUGCUUCCAGAGGCGCGCCCAGGUUUGUAGGCAGGAGUGCCAAUGACGCUAUUCAGAAACGGUCGAGCGAAGAGGUCAGUAGCGGUAUACUUAGCGACAACCAUCGCUUAGACAAGAGGUCGGCUCCCUACUUCAUCGGGAAGAAAAGUUUGGAUGAGAAGCGGGCGUACAGCGCGCGCGGCGCCCCUUUCUUUAUCGGGAAACGUUCCGGGUAUUACCUGUCCCCCGGCAGAACAUCGUCCUCCCCCUACCUGUCGGCGCAAGAGUUCAAGGAAACUUUCCGGAGAACGGAUCCGUACUUUGUUGGCAAGCGUGUACUGGACGAGACAGAAGACUCGGACUUAUUCGACAAGCGCGGGGCACCCAGAUUCGUCGGGAAAAGGGGACCUCCAAGAUUCGUCGGGAAAAGGGGACCCCCAAGAUUCGUUGGAAAACGAGGAGCGCCCAGAUUUGUCGGAAAACGCGGAGCGCCAAGAUUUGUCGGAAAACGUGACGAAAAUGAAUUUGAUGACCUGUACGGGGUAAACGAUAGCUUUGAUCAGAUCGAUGACGCCGACUAUAUGAUGAGUCUCAGAGAGGUUGUUCCAUACCUCAGAAGUCUUCAAGACUUGCAGACGACAACAGAAGACGCCCAAGAAGCAGAAGAAGACAGCCGCGGCACAAAAGUUGGGCGUGCUGCACAAAAGUUGGGCGUGCUGCACAAAAGUUGGGCGUGCUGCACAAAAGUUGGGCGUGCUGCACAAAAGUUGGGCGUGCUGCACAAACGACGGUCAUGCGGCAUAAAAGAUGAUCAUGCAGCCCAAAAUUUGGGCAAGCGGCACAAACGUUGGGCAAGCGGCACAACAUGUGGGCAUGCGGCAGGCAAGUACACAUGGCAGCGAUGCAGCACCGAGAUCGCAGCAGGCGACCGCCACGCAGACGAGGCAGAGAACACAUCACCCGUCAAACGGGAUCUCAGGUCACAGGGCAUGUCCAUUGAACCUUCACUGGACGACGAGAAGGGUCCGUUCGACGUGGUGGAGGAACCUUCAUUCGAAGAACCAACAGACAAGCAGGACGCCGCUCUCAAGGGGGACGGGGGUUUUGUCAGUCAGGGUCCGGAGUCUGACGCCCCCGGGCAGCUAGUGGCCAAAAGAUUCACCGAGUUUGUCGGCAAACGCAGUGGGUACUCAGAGGCGAACGAUGAAGCUGAGGAUGAAAGAGAUGUGUCGAGCGACCGAGCGGAUUCCAUCAGUAAAGCUACCUACUGGAACCAGCUCCGACGGUUACUUCACACCAUGGAUUCGAUCAAGCGACAGUACGAAUUUGUCGGGAAAAGAUACGACUUCCUGGGGAAAAGGUACGACUUUCUAGGGAAACGCCGACCGUACGAUUUCAUUGGGAAAAGAUACGAUUUCGUGGGCAAACGUGCUCCAUACGAUUUCCUCGGGAAAAAAUCCUACGACUUCCUUGGGAAAAAAUCGUACGAUUUCCUUGGGAAAAGAUACGACUUUUUAGGUAAACGACCCGCAUACGAAUUCGACGAUGGCUUUGGAAUUGUGGGACAUAGUCCGAACGCACCCAGCUCUGCAGGAGACAUCAGCGCAAUGAAAAGGUAUUCAGAAUUCUUGGGUAAAAGAUCGGAAGAACUGGGACCGGGUGUUUCCGAGAGAUUGGCUGCUAUUCUCCAGAAUCCCGAACUUCGAAAGCGGUUGUCCCAAGCCUUGUCGCAGAGGUUCAAAGAACAUAUCCCAGAGUUCAUCGGCAAAUAAACUCCACUUCUUGUUUGCCAGAAAAAAAUAGAAUGUAACAAGUAAUAAAAGAAAUGUACGAGCAGUGGCUUCAAGUCUCGUGUUUUAUUUUUUGUAGGUUUGUAAUUUGGUCCGUUCGUGGCUUCUGACUGCUGAUCUUUGCGAAUAUUGUACGUGAAACAAGAGUUAUCCGCUUUGUUUUAAAGAUAUGGACUGCUAUCUACCAACCAAAAACAUUCUUAUAUUGGUACAAGAUGUCUUGAUGUGAAGGAGACUAUCGCCCAGAACCACAAGAAAAACAUUUGAAAACUUUUAAGGUAGAUUAAGGUAGAAUAAAUUAUAUUUAGAUCAAAUCGUGUAGAAGAAAGAAAUUUUGAAAUGUUUUAUUAUUAAUAUAUAGGUCUUUGCUUAGUAUAAUUUUCAAAUUAUUUUGAUUUGGAGAAACAUGGCAGCAAUAAAGAUGUCUGAAUAGG